GUCACUCGGGCAUGUAGGAGGCACACUGAUCUACCUAACACAGGGGAUAGACUAGAAGUCGGAUUUUCUGGUUGUACCGUCUCGGAUUAAUUAAAGCGGACAACGUUGUCUUGUGAGAGUGACCCCCUACGGAAGUCCAACAUUUGGUGACCUACUUCCUUCCUCGGCCAGACGUGAGCUUCUGGACCUGGGACCAACUCAGCCAUGCCGGCCGCUAACAUGGACUCCAUCAUGAACAAGUUCGCGGCGGCUGUGGUCGUAGAGCCAAUCAAAGACGACGACUUCGUGGACCGCCUACAUUAUCACGUGACCGUGGCUGUGCUGUUUACCCUGACCGUCGGGUCCGGAAUGAAGGAGUAUGCGUCUCACCCCAUCGACUGUUGGAUGCCCCCCGGCCUCACAGACGCCUCGGUACAGAAUCACAUCAACAGCUACUGCUGGACGGCGCCACUGCGCUACCCAAAGUACAAGGUCUCAGCGCCUCAGAAUGACUCCAACCCCAUCCCCCUGUUGGAGCAAUCCGAGUCGCAAUCGUUGACCCAUAUGAGAACUGCCUUCUAUCGUUGGGUCACUCUGCUCUUUAUAGCCCAGAUCAUUCUGUUCCGGCUGCCCAACUCGAUCUACCGCAAGCUCCACACCACCACGGACAUCCGGCGGAUCCGAGACUUGGUGGUACAGGCUCAGAGCGAGGAGGACGAGAAGAAAAAGGAGAAGGAGCUGAACGAGGUGGUCACCACUUUUGAGGACUGGAUCAUUGGCUAUAAGGACGAGAACGACGUCGAAAAACCAACCGAAGGCUUCAUCGAGUUGACGAUGAACUGCGGCUCGGGGAAGAAAUCUGGGCGGUAUUGGUCUGCGCUGUAUCUCGGGAUGAAACUUCUCAAUCUGAUCAACACGGUCGGGAAUUUCGUGCUGAUAACUCUGAGUCUUGACUUCAACUUCUGGAAGUAUGGCUUGGUUCUCAUCUACAGCCUCAUCGUUCACGGAGAUUGGCACGACCCCUACAACUUCCCACGACUCCUCAUGUGUGACUUCGCCGUAGAGGGCGCUCAGGCCAGCGAGUUGACCAACGGGAACAGCACGUCCGUCGUCUUCCAGCUACAGUGCACCAUGUCUAUCAACGAGCUACUGGAGAAAAUCUUCGCCAUCGAGUGGUUCUGGCUGAUUUUCUUGUUCGUCACCACUUUGGUGAACCUAUUCCGGUGGAUCAUCAAAACCAUCCCGCCUCUGAAUGUCUUCUACUUCGUGAAGGACUACGAGUCGUCCAUGAAGUCGUUCGGCACUGUAGAGAAAGGAAUCUCCGCCAUCAUCACGGGGACGCUGGACGAGUCUGUGUACGACAAGGAGAAGAGGAACAGAGAGGAGUUUAUCCUCAACUACCUCAAAUGUGACGGCGUCCUGGUGCUCCGGAUGCUGGACAUGAACCAUGACCGCACGGUGGUUCUGGACAUCGUCAAGUCACUGUGGCUCAGGUACCACAUGAACAAACACUUGCACUUUGACCCCGAGAAGGUGGCCACGGCCCUGGUACACAUGGAAUCCGAGGAGGAAGAGGAGGACGAGGAAAGGAACGAGUAAAAGGGGGGAAAGCCUCCAUAACAUGGAAUAGGCGAAGGGAGAGAAAUACUAUUAAUAAUAAUAAUAGAUAGCAUUUGUGUAGCGCACAUCCCCGCUCAACAGCAGGCUCUAUGCGCUUUGCACUAUAUUAUUACCCCAGCAGACCAUAGAACACUCCGAAACAUUCUCAGCUUCCCGGGAAAGGAAAAGGAAAAGGAAGAAGAGCCUCAAUAAGUGAAAGCACAGCCUUACUUUGUAGACAUGGAAUCGAUGGAUGGAGAGGAAGACGAGGAAAAGGACGAGGAAAAGAGAGGAAAACCCCAAUAACAUGGAAUCCGCAGAGGGAGAGAAGGACGAGGAAAAGGACGAGGAAAAGGGAAAGGAAAAAGGAGGAGAGCCUGAAUAAUAUGGAAUUGGCGAAAGGAGAGAAGGACGAGGAAAAGGGAAAGGGAAAGGGAGGAAAGCCUCAAUGAUAUGGAAUCCGUGGGAGAGAAGGAGGACGAGGAAAAGGGAGGAGAGCCUAAAUAAGUGAACGCAUAGCCUCAUUUUGUAGACAUGGAAUCGGCGGAGGGAGAGGAGGACGAGGAAAAGGAAAGGGAAAAGGAAACGGAAAAGGGAGGAGAGCGUAAAUAAUAUGGAAUCGGCGGAGGGAGAGAAGGACGAGGAAAAGGAAAAAGAAAAGGGAGGAAAGCCUCAGUAAGUGAACACACAGCCUUAUUUUGUAGAUAUGAGUGAUUGGCGGGUGCUCUGGUGUGGUUUGCUCCUUCUUUCCUGUCUGUCGUCUUUAUCUCCCCUCCUU